UUUCCUGUUUCUCGAGCACGGAUCCGUAGUAAUGACAGCAAAAUAACUACAUUUUUUUCUCCACCCAUCCAUUUUCUCCCCCAAAUGUCUAAACUACAACAGAUCAAUGUGUUUCUCAACGAAACAUUAACAGCAGUUCCUUUGGAGAUAUCCGUGGUAGUUAAAAAAACGAUCGCAGAGUACCAGGAAGAAAUCUACCGUUUGAAACGGGCGAAUGCACGUCUACGAAGACUGCUGGAUUUGGUUUUCAAGCCAGAGAUAAAGUUGCGUAGAUUAGCAGGCCUCCAGCAGCUCACUCUCACUGGAGAGGUUGUUAACCCUGAGCAACAGCACUAUGAGCAGGAAUGGAGCGCCAGUUUGGGGCCCGUCGAGUCUGAUGCCGAAGAGUCUAUAUGGAACUCUAUCAACAUUACAACUGUAGAGAACCAAACAGAAUUUGAUGGUGAGCGCUACAGAGAGUCCGACUCAACCAGUGAAUAUCAGCCCCCAUCUGAAGUAAAUCCAGAGAGUGACAACGACGAAAGUGAUCAUGUAAAAGAGGAUGAAGUGAAGAAUAGAAUACGACUGUCACGGUUAACGCCUCUUAAAUCAAAGAGAGGAAGAGGACGGCCAAGGAAAGAUGCCAGGGAGUUGCCUGAUCUGAACUGUGACUUGUGCGGAAAAUGCUUUGCGACAGCGGGUGGUCUGAGAAGGCAUCAACAAAAUGUGCACGGUGAAGAGAGACCGAGAGGACGGCCAAAGAAAGGAAACCGUGAGUUGCCUGACCUGAAAUGUGAUGUGUGCGGAAAAUGCCUGGCGACAGCACGUAGUCUGAAAAGGCAUCGACAAAAUCGCCAUCUUGACGAGAGACCAAGAGGACGGCCAAGGAAAGAAACCAGUGAGUUGCCUAAUCUGACAUGUGACGUUUGCGGAAAAUGCUUUGUGACAAGACGUGGCCUACAAAUGCAUGGGAAAAAUAGGCACAGUGAAGAGAGACCAUACAUGUGUGACAUAUGUGGACAAGGUUUCGUCCUGAACUGCUACCUGAUCCGUCACAUGAAGACUCACACGGAGGAGGGACAACAUUGCUGUACCAUAUGUGGCAAAUGUUUCAAUCACAAGAAUAACCUGAAAAAUCAUAUGGGUACUCAUACAGGGCCGGCUUUUAAAUGUGAUUUGUGUGGAAAAUGCUUGACAACAAAAGGAAGUCUGAAACUCCAUCAGCAAAAUCACACUGGGGAGAAAUCCUAUCCGUGCAAAGAGUGUGAAAAAUCCUUCAGCAUAAAGGCAAGCCUGAUAUUGCAUAUGAGGACUCAUACAGGGGAGAAACCAUUCCGGUGCAAAGAAUGUGGCAAAUGCUUCAGUGACAAGGGAACCCUUACAAAGCAUAUGAUGACUCACACAGAGGAGAAACCACAUCGCUGCAAUGAAUGUGGCAAAUGCUUCAGUCUGAAGGGAAGCCUGACUGCGCAUAUGAAGGUUCAUACAGGGGAGGGAGUUCAAUGUCAUUUGUGUGGAACUCACUUGAAGUUAGCAUCAAGUCUGAAAAGACAUCUGCGAACUCACAGAAUAAGUAUUCACAAUGACUAAGAACAAGAAACAAUGCCCCUUGUGUAAAAUGAGUUAGAUGGAAGAGACUAAUAAGAGGACAUACCACUCAAGUAUGCUCUUGGUAAAAAGUACACUCCGCAAUCUUGGAAUCUGUUCAAUGGUCAUUUCAAUUCAUAUAACUUACUCAUUGAUUGUUGAAAAUUUGUAUUUUGGGGGGGAAAAUGUAUUUAUUUAAUUGUCCUGUAUUUAGGUAAAUUGUCCCAUUCUAAAUAAACUAAUAUGGCAGCUUAUUAUGAUAAUUAAGUCUGCUACCAGUAGGAGUAGUAACACCAAUGAUGGCAACACCAAGGAUACAUUUUAGGUCAAUGAGGAAUUUCUGAAAUUGAGGCCACAGAUUUGAAAAUCUAAGGUCAUUAACCCUUUAAAAAUAAUACAUGUGAUAUGGUUUAUAAUUUUUCCCAUAAUGUAAUUUCCUGUAAAUUAAAUUGAGUAACACCAAGAGACACUGGAUUUAGACACCAAGUGAUCAAUGGAAUCCUCAAAAUAUAUUGAAUACUAAAAGGAUGGGAUUGGCUAAUAAUUUUGUUUAAUAUAGACACCUCCCCCGAUAACAAUGGAGGGAAUGCUCAAAGUCCUUGUAUAUCCUAGUAAUGAGUGAUUUUCAAGGUGUUCACACCAAUUACAAAAACCUGAGGGACACAUGUUAUAUUGGUUAACAAAAUUAUUAUUGAUCUACAGUAUCUUGUGGUGGUUAAUUUCUGUAUUAUCAAAUAAGGAAAGACAGACUUAUCACACAAGUCAGAGUUAUACUUCAACUGAAUCUUUAGUGAGAGCUCUGUAAUAGCGGUGGCUGAUCGACGAACCACCCUCAGAUGACGGUACAAAGGCUACUGAAAUCUUUUAUAGCAAAGAUCCACCCCCUAGUCUACACAACAAACAACAGAUGUGUGGAACGGGUCACAAAGUGAGACUUGAUAAAUGAGAAUGGAGUAUCCCGCAGCCAGAUAGCAUUUGCUAGAAAAUCUGUUCUUAUCGUUCAGUUUGGCCCCUAAGACGAGGCUCCCAUCUCAUUCCUGGUACUUCAUAGCACAAAAACACCAACUCAUUCUAUGGCAUAAAUCAAUUGUCAACUCCAGAUACUCGCAUCUCAAGUAGAACCUCUUCUUGACCACACGCCUGGACAAGCUCACUGAGGGGAAUGAGCAUCUAGGUCAUACACUAUCCCAGGAUAAGUGCAACAUCAGAGAUGACAUACAAUGGUUCCAGACACUACCCCACGCAUCUGUUGUCUCAAACCUUAUCUCCCCCAAGGCCAAAGGAGGGAAUAACUGGCGCACAUACAUUGUAGAGACAAGUAAUUGUGCCAUCCCUUCACAUGGUUUAAGAAUAGGUAAAGACACAUUCACAUAUGAAGACAAUGUUCCCUUCCUGUCCUCUUCUCUUUCUGAUGUUCUGCAUAGCACCAGGGACAUGUGAAAGACAAGUCUGACCUCUCCCCUCUCUGGGCCCCAGGUGACAGAGCACCAGCUGAGGGAGGAAGUGCAACUGCCAUCACCAGAGUCCGAAGGGAUACAUUCUAAUAACAAGCAUAUCAUAGAAGCAUAUUAUGCAGAUAAGACAUCUUAAUUAUCUAUGUUAACUAACUAAUUCUGAUUCUUCUGCCACAGCCUUCAGCAAGUAUUCAUACCCCUUGACUUUUUUUCACAUUUUGUUGUGUUACAGCUUGAAUUAAAAAUGUAUUAAAUGUAACUUUUUUUGUCACACAAUACCCCAUAAUGUCAAAGUGGAUUUAAAAGCUGAAAAUGUCUCGAGUCAAUAAGUAAUUCAACCUCUUUGUUAUGGCAAGCCUAAAUAAAUUUAGGAGUAAAAAUGGAAGCCUGUACAAAACAAACGUAUUCCAAAACAUGCAUCUUGUUUGCAACAAGGCACUAAUGAAAUACUGCAAAAAAAUUGGUAAGCAAUUCACUUUUUGUCCUAAAUACAAAUGUUUAUGUCUGAGCACAUCCAAUACAACACAGCACAUUACUACCACGUUACUACCACUCUCCAUAUUUGCAAGCAUAGUGGUGGGUGCAUAAUGUUAUGGAUAUAAAUAAAGAUGUUCAGUAUAAAAAAUGUAAGCACAGGCAAAAACGUAGAGGAAAACCUGGUCCAGUAUGCUUUCCACCUGACACUGGGAAAUUAAUUCACAGGAGGACAAUAACCUAAAACACAAGGUCAAAUCUAACCUGGAGUAGUUUGCCAAGAAGAUAGUGAAUGUUCUCGCAUGGCUAAGUUCCAGUUUUGACAAAUCUGCUUGAAAAUCUAUGGCAAGACCUGAAAAUGAUUGUCAAGCAAUGAUCCACAACCAAUUUGACAGGUUUAAGAAUCAUUUUUGAAAGAAUAUUGGGCAAACAAACGUUGCACAAUCCAGGUGUGGAAAGCUCUUAGAGACUUCCCCAGAAAAACUGACAGCUGUAAUCACUGCCAAAGGUGACUAACAUGUAUUGACUCAGGGGGUUGAAUACUUAUCGAAUGAAGAUAUAUUAGUGUUUUAUUUGUCAUACUCUUUACAUUAAACAUAAAAUAAAAAUGGAUUUACAUUUUUCUUCCACAUUGACAUUGGAGAAUUUUGAGUAGAUCUUUGACAAACAAAUCAAUUUCAAUCCUACAAAAUGUGGAAAAAGUCAAUGGGUGUGAAUACUUUCUGAAGGCACUAUAUAUAAAUAUAUGAAAUACUUUUGUUUAAUUUCUAGCAUUCAAAAUAAUAGAGAUCUCUAAAUCCCCCAAACAUGUUACUACUGAGACUAGCCAAGUUCUUUAAACAAUGCAUAAUCCUAUAGCUUUGCAGUAUAAAUGACUUGCAUUGUGUUUUAUCAUUGAUAAACAGUUGAAUAUAAACAUGUAUGAUGUGUAACUAUUAGUCAUUUUAAAGUGUUUUUCAUGGUUACAAAGGUGUGGGGUGCAAGUGCCCAGGAAUUCAUUAAUGACCCAACUUAUGAAUGCACAACUAUCUUACGCUAUCAUAUUCCAAAAUAUAUGGUAUCUCAGUCGUAUAGAAACAACAGGAAUGAAAACAAGCACUGAAUAGCUUCAAAAUAUGUUAAAAAUGAUUGUGUGGAUGUCAGUCUUUGUAUCUAUAGCGCUGCCUAGGUAUUUGAGAGGAGCUAGCCAACAUUCUUCUAGCCCCAUCUCUCAGCUGUUUACUAAAACAUGGAAUGGGAACCACAUUUUGUUGUUUUUCGAAUUGCAGUCUAAAGCUUUAUGGUGGGUAUUCAUAUAUUCCUAAACCUGCUAGUCCAGGUAGUGAAUCAAAGUUUGUCUGACAUUUUAAGACCUAUUAAGUAAGUGCAGUGUCAAGAUUAAACCAAAUUCCGCAUCGGUCGCGUAGUUCCAGCUACAUUUGUCCAUCUCAAACGCAUGGGAAAGAAAGCACUGAAUAAAACCAUUACAACUUUACAGAAGAGUCUCAAAGAGCUUCAAAAGCAAUGUCAUCUUGAUGAUAUGGUUUGAUGACUGGCUAGGUUAUUUUCUUUUCGCAACCUAUACAAUCAUGAGAAUUAUGACAAUGGUUAUGAUAUGAUAAUGACUAUAUUGAUGUUUAGUCAUGUUAUGAUAAUCUACAGUAUGCGAUGAUCAAUGAAAAUUAUGUUAAACUAUGUACUGUACCUGGAACCCUGACUGAAUAUUAAAUAAUAGGGUCAUUUUAUAUGAA